AUGUCUACCACCCCUAAGACCUAUCUCAUUACAGGUGCCAACCGCGGAAUCGGCAAGGGCUUCGUUGAGAUGCUCCUCCAGCGGCCCGGCACUACUGUCAUCGCCACUGCCAGGGACCCGGCUAAGGCGGUAACCUCGCUAAACGAGCUACCCAAGGCUACAGGCUCUCGGCUUCUCAUCGUCAAGCUCGAUGCCCAGGUAGACGCCGAUGCUGCGAGAGCUGUUUCUCAGCUACGACAAGAGCAUAGUGUCACCUCAAUUGACGUCGUUAUCGCCAAUGCGGGCAUUUCGCACUCAGGCGCUCCGGUUAUUCAAAAUUCGGCCGAAGCGCUACGAGAUCACUUCAAUAUCAACACAAUCGGCCCUGUCACCCUCUUCCAGGCCGUCUACCCUCUGCUAAAGGCCAGUUUGACUAGAAAUCCUAUCUUCUUGCCCAUAUCGACCAUGAUUGGGAGUAUCGGGUGUCAAGAGAGCUUGUCUGCGCUCCCGGCAACUUUCUGCCCCUAUGGCGCUAGUAAGGCGGCGCUGAACUGGAUCGUGAGCCGCAUUCACUAUGAGGAGCCUUGGCUGACUACCUGGGCCGCGCAUCCUGGUCUCGUUUUGACGGAUAUGGUUGCGAUACUCACCUCUCAGGGUGUUGACCCUACCAGUAUUGCCGCCAUUAGUGUCGAGACGAGCGUUUCCGGCAUUCUGAGACAGGUGGAUGAGGGUACUCGUGAGAAGCACGGAGGGAAGUUGAGGAGUCACGAUGGUACUACGCUGCCAUGGUAG